AUGAACGCCUAUGUAGCCAGCCCAGACCUUCCUCCUCCACCGCCCGCCAUCUACGUCCGAGCUUUAUACAAUUAUGAUGCAGACGAUCAAACCAGCCUGAGUUUCCGCCAGGGUGAUAUAAUCCAAGUUUUGACACAGCUAGAAAGUGGCUGGUGGGACGGAGUGAUUAACAAUGUUCGGGGCUGGUUUCCGAGCAAUUACACCGUUGAAAUAACAGAUCCCAAUGAGUUGAGGGAGUCCGGUGUUGCAGGUCUGGAUGAGAGCGAGGCGAGUACGGAGUCCGGGACCGAAGAGGAUUAUGACGACGAAGAGGAGGACUCGGACGCGCAAACGCAAGAUGAUGAUUCAGAUCUACCGAUCGAGGGCGCCAGCACUCAGCCUCAGGAAGAGGCUGCAUUCUGGGUUCCUCAAGCCACACCCGAUGGUAGAUUGUUUUAUUUCAACACCUUGACUGGGGUGAGCACGAUGGAGUUGCCAUUGGAGACGCCUACAACUCCGAACGAGACAGGACCUCGCGAUCGAAGUCAUUUCCAUGUGCCGGAGCAGACAAGACCGCCUCCAGAAAUGAUGGCUGGCAGGUAUGGAAACCAUGAGGAGGAUUAUGAUGGUUCCGCGUCAGAGGCAGACGGUGAACAAUCCUUCGUGUCAUCACGGAAAAAGGGUUCCAUGACUUCAGGCAGCAUCUCGACCUCGACCUCGAUGGAUUCCAUCGACAUAAGCGCGCUCCGACAGGCGGGAAAUCAAAUUCAAAACGGCACCUUUGAAAUUGACACAUCCACGACAUUACCUCCCCUCGAAACGACAGCAACCUCCUUUACCGUCCCCCCUAAACCGAAAAUCUCCAAGUCGCCUACUGCGCGAUAUUUCCUGGACGACACCAGCAGCGCACCGAUCACCUGGAAUACUCUUGUUGAAAACAUGCGGACGGCAAUUGACGCCUAUCGCCACGCCAUCCGGACUCGUGCUCGUGCUGACUAUGUUCGACGGGCGGAAGACAUCUCUGACCACCUUCGAAUGCUUCUCGCCGCCGGCUCAGGCACAACCGACAAUCACUCAGGCGUUCCAUCGAUCAUAUCCUCCAACAAGGCGCUCUACCCUCAUUUCCGCGAGAUGAUGUCGAAAUUCUCCAAGCUUGUGCUGUCUUCGCACAUUGCUGCGGCCGAUUGGCCUGGUCCUGAUGCACUGACCAAAUGUCUACAAGAGGCGGAUGGGGUGAUGAACGGUGUCUAUGGCUAUGUGGAAGUGGCGAGGCAGCAAAGGGGGGAGGAGAUACCUCGACUGUUUCCAGGGUUCAUUGUAGGGAGCCAUGUGGGUGGAAGCUGGCGGGACAACAACGUUGAGAGCCGGUCCAAUCUCGAAGAAAGGUCCUUUAUGGAUUCCAACGACGAGAUUCGCGCUCGCCCGUCCGUUCCCCUCGACGCCAAACUGGUACACCGUAUUGACGAGGCGAAGAAGGCCCUGUUGGCGAGUGUCCGCCGAUUAGAGGAGUCGCUGGGACUGACUGAAAAGACGGUGACGCCAGCGCGACAGUCGGCUAUCGGAGGCGUCAUCUGUCAAGGGGCGGGCGCCGUUAUAGAACAGUUUCGACCGUGGAUAUCGCACAUCGAGUCGAUUGACCUUUCGGCUUUGGGCAAUGUUUUCCAGAAACCGUCCUUGGUCGAUUUCGCGGCACAGAAGCAAAAGGCUUAUGACUCGAUCGGUGAGCUAGUCAUCACCUGCCAGGCUGUCACUUCUCCGCUCCCGGAUGAGUGGGCGGAAAUCCGCGGCGAGUCCUUGGAUACGCGCAUCACCAACGUUCGAGGCGCCUGCAAACAACUUGACACGCACGUUUCAAAUAUUGGGUAUGCCUUGCAGUUCUUAUUGCCGGCUACCUCCCUGAAUCCUCCUAAGGCCACGAACGAACGGGAUCACCGCAUGACCGAUGGUGGCGAGACCUAUCAAAACCAUCAUCUGAGGCGCGAUUCCACCCAUGCAGCAAACGUCCGACCGGCGUUGGCUGAUUUGGGACAGUCCAAGUCGUACACUUUAGGUCAAGACCCGACGUUGCCAGAGAAGCUUCGACGGCCUCCGAGCAAAGACAAAGCCAGGCAAUUUUUCGGGCAAAUCCCCCCGAAUCUGGCUCAGCUCAAAACUGGUGCUCGAGAGCUGUCCUUCUCAGAUGAAGUUCCGUGGUAUCUGGAGCUCGACCAUGCGGGCGAGGUGACCUACGAUGACAGGACCGACCCGCCACAGGUCAAAAGCGGCACUCUUACUGGGCUGGUUGAGCAGCUGACUCGCCAUGACCGGCCUGACACGAAUUUUACGACCACCUUUCUCCUUACCUACCGAUCAUUCACCACGGCAAACGAGCUCUUUGAGCUUCUAGUCAAGCGAUUCAACUUGCAGCCUCCAGCUGGCUUGAAUCGAGAUGAGUUCCUCAUUUGGGAAGAGCACAAGCAGAAACCCGCACGUUUUAGAGUGCUCAAUAUCCUCAAGGCAUGGUUGGAAUUGUACUGGAUGGAGGGCGACGAUGAGAACAGCCGAGCCUUACUUGAGAGGAUCGGGGCCUUCGCCAAAAGCACCCACACCAGCACCAAAAUCCCUCUGGCCAAAGUGUUGACGAACAUUGUCGAUCAAAGGAUGAAGGGAGGAGAAACCUCGUCAAAGAAGUUGGUGCUCACACUGACGAAUUCCGCGCCUCCGCCCAUUCUGCCGAGAAAUAUGAAGAAACUCAAGUUUCUUGAUAUAGAUUCUACCGAGUUCGCUCGACAAUUGACCAUUAUCGAAUCGAAACUCUUUGGGAAGAUCAAGCCAGUCGAGUGCCUCGCGAAGACAUGGGAGAAGAAAGGGAAGACGGACAACAACGAUACGGCAACGAACUUGCAGGCAUUGAUUCUUCAUUCCAACCAGUUGAUCAACUGGGUUGCGGAAAUGAUAUUGCAACCCACCGAGGUCAAGAAGCGAGUCGCUGUCAUCAAGCACUUUGUUGCGAUUGCCGAGAAAUGUCGAGCGCUGAACAACUUCUCGGCCGUUACGGCUAUCAUCUCAGCUAUGGGCACGGCACCUGUAUUGCGGCUCAACCGGACCUGGCAGGCUGUCAGUCCCAAGACGAGGGCAAUUCUGGAGUCGAUGCGCGAACUCAUUUCCGCGACUAAAAACUGGUCGCAGUACCGAGAGACACUACAGGCUGCGACACCACCAUGUAUCCCUUUCCUGGGUACUUAUCUGACCGACUUGACAUUCAUCGAGGAUGGUAUCGCGUCUCUGGUCAAAAACAGCGAACUGAUCAACUUCGCCAAGCGGACGAAAACUGCCGAAGUCAUCCGACAUAUCCAACAGUAUCAAAACGUGCCUUAUAGCCUCAAUCCAGUUCCGGAAUUGCAAGAGUGGAUUACGGAUAAUAUGAAGAACGCAAGAAACGUACAAGAACUGUACAACGAGAGUCUUAAAAUUGAACCGCGAGAGCGAGAGGAGGAUAAAAUAGCUCGCCUUUUAUCCGAAUCCGGAUUCCUCUGA